GGCCCCGGAGGCCCCGGCGGAAGCGGCGCGGGGCGCACAUGGCGCUGUACAGCGCGGCGGCCGCGGUGCUGGCGGGGCUGGAGCGCGGCGAGGGCGGCCUCAAGAGCCUCGUGUACAACAGCGGCUUCCCGCACGUCCGGCAGCUGUACGCGCUCGUGUCCGAGACCCUCCGCUACGCCUCGGUGCUGGAGAAGCUGCUGGAUGGAGCCGCUCUGCUGCAGGCCGAGAAGAAGCUGGAGCCGCAGCUGGCGAAGGUCCUGGUGUAUGACCUGCUCUUCGGCAAGGGGCUGAAGUGCGGGGGCCGGUGGAAGGCGCUGGCCCGGCGGCACCGGGCGCGGCUGGAGGCCGAGCUGGCCCGCAUGAAAGUGCGGCACAAGGUGAGCCGCAACGAGGACCUGCUGGCCCCGGAGAAGGUGGUAAGCGCCGCAGGUGAGUGGGCUCGGGCUGGGUGGGCACCCUGUGUUGGGAGCAGUGAUGGGCUGUGUCUGACCUGGCCGGCCCCUGCAGCCUCCCAGGUCCCACGUUACGUCCGGGUCAACACCCUGAAGACUUGUGUGGACGAUGUGAUCGACUUCUUCAAGCGCCAGGGAUAUGCCUACCUGGGCAAGGCAGCCAGCAUGGAGGAGCUGAAGGCCCUUUCUGGAAAAAAAUUCUUGCUGGAUCUGCAUCUCCCGGAGCUGCUGGUUUUUCCUUCGCAGACAGAUCUCCAUGACAACCUGCUGUAUACUUCAGGACACAUAAUUCUGCAGGACAAGGCCAGCUGCCUCCCUGCCUUCCUCCUCAGUCCUGUUGCCGGCUCCUACGUCAUCGAUGCCUGUGCUGCCCCUGGAAACAAGACAAGCCACCUGGCUGCCAUCCUGAAGAACAAGGGACAGAUCUUUGCCUUUGAUGUGGACCCCAAGCGCGUGGCCACCAUGAACACGCUGCUGACACGGGCAGGGGUCACUGGCUGCCAGUUGGCCCAGCAGGACUUCCUGACCGUGGACCCCAGAGACCCCAAAUACAGCAGGGUGACCCACAUCCUUCUCGACCCAUCCUGCAGCGGCUCAGGGAUGGUGACCCGGGGGCCAGGGGAGGAGGCAGCCUCGAGUGCUGAACGCUUGCAGGCCCUGGCUGGCUUCCAGCGUCGGGUCCUCAACCACGCCCUGAGCUUUCCAGCUCUCCAGCGCCUGGUCUACUCCACCUGCUCCCUACACCAGGAGGAAAACGAGGAUGUGGUGCAGGCUGUGCUGCAGAAGUGGGGCUCAGCCUUCAGGCUGGUGCCUGCCUUCCCAUCCUGGCCCUGCCGAGGACUUGCUGCCUUCUCUGGAGCAGAGAGCUGCCUGCGUGCUUCCCCUGCAGAGACCCUCACCCACGGCUUCUUCGUGGCUGUGCUGGAGCGCUGCAAGGAAGGGGCUGCUGCCCCCAGCUCCCUGCCUGCAGCAGCCAAGGAGAACCCACAGCCAGGAGAGGGAAUGGAGCCAGGUGCUGCUCCCAAAAAGAGGAAGAAGAAGAAGCAGCGGGUGAAAGAGUGAAACAUUCUUUGGACAAACCCCUGCACAGCUGGGCCUCGUGGGGAACACAUACUGGUCCAAACACGAGUCAAGCGGCAGUCAUAGUGAGAAUUCUGUAACACUGGGGACUGAGUGUCCCCACUCUGCACCCUGAAGGGCUGAGGUCCUCCAGCUGGAUUGAGGGUGGUUUAUCAUAUUCCCCCCAGAAAAAUUCCAACCCCCAGCCCGAUGUGGACCUUUGAAAAAGCAUUUCACUGUAGGGAUGAAGCAGAUUAAAAGUUUCUCUUUCUUCACUGUC